AUCAAAAGAUUCCGUUGCAUUUUGCUUCUUUCAUUUUUUUUCUUUAUUCGCAGAGAGAUACAGAGAGAGAGAGAAAGUAGUAUCUGUAUCUUGUUGGUAAAAAAAAGAGAAAAAAAUGGCGUUUUUGUGGCCUUUGAUUGUUCUGGCAUUCGCAUACGCCAUUUGUAGAUUCCUUUUCAUGCUCAUUCCUCCCAAUGUUCCUUCCAUCGACGUUGACGCCUCUGACGUGUUGGACGAUGGGAAUCAGGCUCAGGAGAACAGCUUCAUAUAUAUUCCUCCAAGGGGAAGGACACAGCAGGCGGAUAGGAAAGUUCAGUGUUACGAGCCCGCGACGAUGAAAUACUUGGGGUAUUACCCGGCAUUGACACCUGUAGAGGUUAAGGAGCGUGUGGCUCAAGCAAGGAAGGCACAGAAAAUCUGGGCAAAGAGCAGCUUCAAGCAAAGGCGCCAGUUUUUGCGAAUACUUCUGAACUACAUAGUUAAGCACCAACAGCUUAUUUGCGAGACAUCUUCACGUGAUACUGGAAAGACAAUGGUAGAUGCCUCUUUAGGAGAAAUAAUGACAACAUGUGAGAAGAUUACUUGGCUUCUUUCGGAGGGUGAGCGGUGGCUAAAGCCUGAAUACCGAUCUUCUGGAAGAUCAAUGUUUUACAAGAAAUCCAAAGUGGAAUUUCACCCCCUUGGUGUUAUUGGUGCCAUUGUUUCGUGGAACUAUCCUUUUCAUAAUAUUUUUAAUCCAAUGCUAGCAGCAGUAUUUUCAGGAAACAGCAUUGUGAUUAAGGUCUCAGAACAUGCAAGUUGGUCUGGAUGUUUCUAUUUUCAAAUUAUUCAAUCAGCCCUUGCUGCAGUUGGAGCUCCUGAAAAUCUGGUUGAAGUUAUAACAGGGUUUGCUGAAACGGGAGAAGCAUUGGUGUCUUCUGUUGACAAAAUGAUUUUUGUUGGAUCACCCGGUGUGGGUAAGAUGAUUAUGAGAAAUGCUUCUGAGACACUUACACCAGUUACGCUUGAGCUUGGUGGAAAAGAUGCAUUUAUCGUGUGUGAAGAUGUAGAUGUGGAUCGGGUUGCACAUAUUGCUGUGAGGGCUGCUCUCCAAUCAAGUGGACAAAACUGCGCUGGGGCUGAGAGAUUUUAUGUACACAGGGAUAUUUAUUCUUCAUUUGUCAGUAAAGUGGCCAAAAUUGUAAAAUCCGUUUCAGCUGGCCCACCCCUUGCUGGAAAGUAUGAUAUGGGAGCCAUAUGUUUACAAGAGCACUCUGAAAAGCUUGAGACCCUUGUAAAUGAUGCCUUAGACAAAGGAGCAAAAAUUGUUGUCCGUGGAAGUUUCGGCAAUAUAAGUGAAGGUGCAGUGGAUCAGUUUUUCCCCCCCACCGUGAUUGAAAAUGUGGACCACACAAUGAAGUUGAUGCAAGAGGAGGCAUUUGGACCAAUCUUGCCAAUAAUGAAAUUUAGCACAGAUGAAGAGGCCGUGAGGCUUGCAAAUGACUCAAGAUAUGGGCUUGGCUGUGCUGUUUUUUCUGGCAGUCAACACCGUGCCAAAAAGAUAGCUUCACAGAUACACUGUGGAGUUGUUGCAAUUAAUGAUUUCGCAUCAAAUUACUUGUGUCAGUCCCUGCCAUUUGGAGGUGUAAAAGACAGCGGAUUUGGACGAUUUGCUGGUGUUGAAGGAUUAAGAGCGUGCUGUCUUGUAAAAUCAGUUGUUGAGGAUAGAUGGUGGCCUUUCAUUAAAACGAAGAUACCUAAGCCUAUCCAGUAUCCUGUCGCAGAGAAUAGUUUCGAGUUUCAGGAGUCACUCGUGGAAUUGUUCUAUGGCCUGGACAUUUGGGACCGUUUGCGAGCACUGGUCAAUGUUAUAAAGUUCUUUACUGAGCAACACUCUCCUGCUAUGGGUAAGAAAAAUGACUGAGCAUGUUGUGUGAGUACUGGAAACACUUUCAUGGGUUAACUGAGUUAUGACCUAGGAUGUUUGGAAUUUUGACUUCCCAUUGCUGUCUAUCGCUGUUAAUUUUGGGUGUAAUCUUAAUUAACCUUUUCAUGCUUUUCUUUCUUAAUUUGUGUGAGACAUUUCCCUAUUAAAUGCUGCAGUACGUUCUUAAGCUGCUGAUACUGUGGUUAAAUCCUUGAAGGAAAGUAGAGAAAGAAAGGCGGUUAUAAGUUUGGAAUGAAACAUCCCUGCCCAUCUGUUAAUCUGUUUGCAUGCUCUGACAUUGCAAGGUGUAAAGACUGCUAAUCAGAAAAGAUUAAGGCUUUUUUACCACAUUAAAUUUCAAUUUUGUAAAUUAACCUGUUGUUUGUGGCAUCUUUAGAUGUUCCUUCCCCCAAAUAAAAUGGCUAGUUCGUGUAAUAA